GGUCAGCCUGUAAAGCAGCUGGAUUAGCCCGCUGCUGUUUCAUUUCGCAGCGGGUCCUCACAGAGACAGCAGAGCGCGCACAAACACGCAGAGAGGAGGGGGAGCUGCUGCCUUUGCGGAAGCCAGUGGAGAGCCGAGGCGGCGCUAAAUCAAAUUACCAUACUAACUAGUUCUCUGUGCGCCGAUGUGAGGGAAACAGCCUGAAGAAGAGCCUCCGUUUUAAAGUCAAGACACCUACGAGUCCGGCCUCAUUUUGUUGGGAUCUUCCUGCCGUCCGCCUGCAGAGGAGAUGGGGGACAAGGCGGGCACCAGAGUUUUCAAGAAGUCAAGCCCCAACUGUAAGUUGACAGUUUACUUGGGAAAGCGAGACUUUGUGGACCACCUGGACCACGUGGACCCAGUCGAUGGCGUGAUCCUGGUCGACCCAGAGUACCUGAAGGACAGGAAAGUCUUUGUCACGCUGACCUGUGCGUUUCGAUAUGGACGCGAGGACCUGGACGUGCUCGGUCUAUCCUUCCGGAAGGAUCUCUACAUCUCCACCUUCCAGGCCUUCCCUCCGGUGCCCGAGGAGCGGAAACCCAACAGCCGGCUGCAGGAGAGGCUGCUGAAGAAGCUCGGCCAGCACGCACACCCCUUCUACUUCACCAUUCCUCAGAAUCUCCCCUGUUCAGUCACUCUACAGCCCGGACCCGAGGACACCGGCAAGGCCUGUGGUGUUGACUUUGAGAUCAGAGCUUUCUGUGCCAAGUCAAUGGAAGAGAAGAUUCACAAGAGGAACUCAGUGCGUCUGGUGAUCAGGAAGGUUCAGUACGCUCCGGAGAAGCCUGGUCCUCAGCCGAUGGUGGAGACCACCCGCAGCUUCCUGAUGUCCGACAGGUCCCUGCACCUGGAGGCAUCUCUGGACAAAGAGCUGUAUUAUCACGGCGAGCCCAUCAGCGUCAACGUCCACGUCACCAACAACUCCACCAAGACCGUCAAGAGGGUGAAGAUCUCCGUGCGUCAGUACGCAGACAUCUGCCUGUUCAGCACUGCCCAGUAUAAAUGUCCAGUGGCUCAGCUGGAGGCAGACGACCAGGUGUCGUCCAGCUCCACCUUCUGCAAGGUGUACACUCUGACCCCGACACUGGACAAGAACAGAGAGAAGAGAGGACUCGCUCUGGACGGGAAGCUCAAACAUGAAGACACCAACCUGGCCUCAUCCACCAUUGUGAAGGACGUCACCAACAAGGAGGUCCUGGGGAUCCUGGUGUCCUACAGAGUCAAAGUCAAGCUGGUGGUGUCCCGUGGAGGGGACGUGUCGGUGGAGCUGCCCUUCAUCUUAAUGCAUCCUAAACCUCCGGAGCCGCCGGCGUCCCGCCCGCAGUCAGCUGUGCCAGAAACUGACCCGCCCAUCGACACCAAUUUGAUAGAGUUCGACACAAACAGCAUCUCGCAGGACGAUGACUUCGUCUUCGAGGACUUCGCCCGCCUCCGGCUCAAAGGUGUUGUGGACGACAAGGACGAGGACUGCUAGGAGCUCGCCAACCCCUUCAUAUGCUCGCUUCAAAACCACAACACACACAUACACGCACACUCACACACUGUUCACAUUCCCCGGGGAUGGAUGAGGGUAUAUUUGGACGGAGGCCUCGGAGGGGCUUGGUGGUGUUCUUCCUCUCUUGCUUCAGCCAUUCGUCACGCCACCUCCGCCAUUUUUGCCGCCGUCUUCUCCAUCUGUUGUCUCUUGUUUCUCUUUUUUGCUAGAAAUUCUAAAUGUUAAGCAGCUGCAGGACAGAUGUUGGCGCUGUGGAUGGGAACCUCUGCUGCUUGUCGUGGGCGGGGCUUUGAGAUAGAAAGCAGGAAGCUAAAGAAUCAGCAGCGUUCGUCCGCUUUGUUUUUGAAUGUUUCCCGACGAUCACCGUCCUGUACAAACAGAAUAUAUAUUUGGAAAAAAAAAUUGUUCGGUGGUGAUCGCCGCUUUCCUUCGAGUAAAUCCUGUAGAUAGUUUUUCUCGCGGUGGCUGCAGCGAGAGGAAAUACACGUGCACACAAACACACACACUCAGAGAAGUCUUACAAGCGACUGAAGUUCGAUUUCACCAGCAUCCGCUCUCCUCCUGCUCCAACUGUCGUCCAUGUUCAGAAACGUUCACCAUGUUCUGUCGGCUUUUUUUAAUUAUUAAAAAAAAAACAUUCCAGUGCGGACACUUCAUUUAAAUCCCAGAGAUCAUUUUGCAAUCCUGUUUUUUAAGAAAUUACAUGAAAAGACGACAACCAAAACUUUAUCCACCCUCUCCGUAAGUGGAGCUAAUUUAACUCUUUAUUUUGGUUUGGAUUUAAACCAAACUGUGUUAAAGCUCAACAGUAAGCUGGUAGUUGUCUGAAUACUGUUGGUGGUUAAGAGAAUGAAGACGUGUAAUUGCACCAAUGUGACAGCGAACAAAUUGAAGCUAAAAACAAAGCAUAUAAAUUUGAGCUGUUACAGGGGGCCUGAUCACUGAGAGUCACGAUUCUUAAUUUAUAUCCUGGGUUGUUUUAGUUUUCUCUGAUGGAACUAAAGAACACUCUUGAGUUUAGUCACACUGGAAUCUUUUUUUUUUUUCCCUUGAACUUUGGACUGGAUUUGGAGGUCGAGUCACUGGAUAGGUUUUUUACCUUUCUUUGAUCUGCUUCUGUUUAUUUCACUUCCAGAUUUACAGUUAAAGUCAACAAAACUGAUGCUAAAGUCUGUUUCUCCUGUUGCUUGUUAAAAUAGAAACGGUCUGCAGCCGGUUUAACUCGCCAUUGUCAGCUCAUUGAAGGGAAACUCUGGUGCUCGUUGUUUGGUUUGUUGUCUUCACUCACUGGUCCAAACUCACUUUGAACAAGCAUUUAGAUGAAGUUAGUAUGAAGCUUCACCUCAGAGUUAAGUCAUCACAGGAAGCUGUGCUGUGCCUUUAAGGUUUCACUGUUGCCAACACGAUGAUCUAUGAACCUUGGUGACUGACAAGAGCUCAGCUUUUUUUAAAAGAAAAAUUGUUGGUUUAAAACGUUUGGGCAAACUUGGGAUGUGUCAGUUUAGAAACACUGCGUGGUGUUAUUUUUCUCUAAUUAAGUUCAUAUAAGUUCAGGUCUUACAUUUUAGUUUCAGGGGAUAAACCAUUAAAUAUUUUUUUAGUAAAUAUAACUUUAAAAUUAAUAUUAACUUUUUAAUAAAAUAAAACAACCACAUAUUCUUAUAAUUUCUGAUCCAUGCCUUUUUGACUCAAAUUUAAUCCUUAAGAGCUUUUCUUUAUUUUAUUGUGUAGAUUGCAAAGAUACAUUUUAAAUUAAUGUUGUCACCAUUUUCUUUUCUGGAAUUAUUUCCAAUCUGGUAACAAAUAUUUCUGUGGCCUUUACUGUUGUUUAGUUUGUACUGUGAAGAUACAAUAUUUGGGGGUUUGUCCGGGAUUUGGCAGUAUCAGUUAUUUCUAGACCAUCAAACACAGAUUACUUAAAUCCCACUAUUGUUUUGUUUGACACAUUGAAAGAUGCUGAUGACAGUGAACAGACUUACUCACUUUAAUGUUGACCUGUUCAAAUUUGACUUCUUUCCUGUGAAUGUUCGUAUUAAACAUGGUUGAAGUUUCUGAUAACCAAUUGGUCAAUGAUCCGUAAUACUGCAGCCAAAUGCUCAGUUUUUUUGUUUUUCCUACUCACAGUCUGUAUGAUGUCACACAGAGCAGAUGUCCCUAUUAUGAUCAUCUCAGGACACAGAAACCAUCUCAUGUUCUGACCAGAGGCAGCCAAUCAGAAGAAAGUUGUCUUACUUAAAGUGGAAGUGAGAGCUCAGUACAAGAUAAGGAUUAUUUAGAGCUUUGAAUCACGCAAAGCUGCUUUGCUAGAUUCUCAUAGAGUCCAAGAAUAAAAAUGCAGAGCUGGUAAUGAGCAGUAUUGAUUCACUUUAAAAUAUUCUUCACACCUUUAUUCUCAGUAUGUGACCUUUUUUUUCCUCUUAGAAACAAAACAUAAUGAUCUAAAAAUGAAACCAUAAAACUAUAUUUUUAAAGGUUGAUGCCAAAGGAAAUGUAUGAACUUGAGAAGCUGAAGUUGUUUAAAAUAGUCCAAAAUGAACCAAAGCAUCAAAACAAACAUGCAUAAAAAGACCACUCGGCAGUCGUGUUGAAGAGAAAUGAACCGAAACUAAAGGCAGUGCUGUGCUGUGUAGUACCACGAGACAGUGCUGUGAGUCUUUGCUGGACCUCGAUUUCAAAUCUGGUCCAGAGUUUGGAUUUAGGUGUUUUGGCGAGUACCCGGUCUGUGUGAUGCUUGCCAUAAUGUCUACAAAACAGGAAGUGAUUUCUGCUGGUGGGACGGACAGGGAGCAGCUUAAAAGUAGCUGCACAUUGACUCUGCUUCAUCUUGUGGUCCAAAGUGCAGCCAUGCUGCUCUUCUUCACGUUCUUUUGAAACUUUAACUCAUUUUGGAAGCUUUUAAACAGUUUUUAAAGCACAUUUAGUUACAGGAAGUAACUUUAGGUGCCAUGAGAAACAUGACAGCCAAAAUGAACCAAUCAGCACCAGUGUUUCCGUUCUAAAUCCACCUCACCAACAUCCCGCCUCGCCCUCUCAAGACCAUCAAACCAUUUAAGUGAUCUCUUUUCUUUCCUCCAUCCAAACUCGGACACGAUGUGAAGGACUUCAGGUUUUAGAUGCCAGCUUUCCAAAUCUGUUGCUUUUAUUCUAGGCUUUAUUAUCGCUAUUAUUAAUGUUAUUUUGUUAAUGAUUUUUGGCCCCAAAUCCCCGUACAGAUCAACAUUUCAGAUGAACACGAGCACUGCACUUUCAUUGGACGAAAACCCCGCAGAACUGCAGACGUUUUAUUUCAGAAGACGAAGAAGAAUGUUAGCAUUUAUUUUUCCCUAAAAUUGUUUGUCGGGGUUUCACGACUUGAACUUUCUGUUUUGUUCAAUUUUAAAACUGCCAAAUUUCCCUCCUUCCCACCCUCCCUCCUUCCUUAGCUCAGUCAAACGUUACAGCUGCGACCCUAAAAGAAGACGUAGAUGAAGAAGCCGACUCGGAGCAUGAUUUGAAUUCCUUUGUUUGAAAUUUUGUUUCCAAGCAGUGCUGUGAAUCGUACGAGCUGUGAUUCUGUCCUUAUUUUGUCGUGCAUAUGUGGGGUAACUUUGCUAAGUGUGAAAAUAUUUUUGACAAGUGCCACGCCCCGGCCUGUGCGAUGCUUACCAUAAUGUCUAUAAAACAGGAAGUGAUUUCUGCUGGUGGAACGGACACCAGAACAGAUAGAUCUAUGAUUAUUAUGCUUCUGAUUAUUAUUAUUAUUAUUAUUAUUAUGGUGACUUCUUAUUAUUCUACUGUAUCAUCAUUGCGACCAUGAUUAUUCUCAUAAUCAUUUAAGAGUCUAUUGUUUCGCCAUGUAUUUUUUAUGUUGAGAUUUUUAUUUUAGUUUUCUUUUUAUUAAAGGUAAAAAGAACUAACAGACA